AUGUCUGUUCGCCACGACGACGUGGCCGGUCACGCACAAGAACUCGAUAUUCCAAGAGCAUCUCAACCAUCAUCUCGGCCGGCGAGCAUGGAGCGUCAAACCAAACUUGCUCAUCUAAAACUGGUUUCAAAGUACUACGGCUACUCCAAUUUCUCGUAUCCUCGACCGGACGGCACUCCAACGAGAAACUCAUACAGGAGAGCUGGCCGGACGUACUCAUCCGAGGACCUUACUGAAGACUGCCCUAACAAUUUGUCACGUCCACACACGCCGACGAAGAGGGACCGUACCUCCAUCGGCUCACAGAGCUCAAAUAGCUCAGCACCCAGCCUCAUCGACGACCAGACUGACUCGGAGGUGUCGCUGGACGACGACUAUCAGUACCACGCCUCUGCCUCUCAGCUCUGGGACACAUUCUGGCCCGCCGAGGAGGGCCAACUCCAGAAGACGCCAGAGAAGUCGACGACUCGGUACCCGGCCUUGAUACCGUCACCACAUAUACGAAGAGCCAAAAAGACAGGCUGCAUCAACUACGACGACUACCCGUUGCCACCACGGCCUGUCGAGUACAAUAUCCAAGUCAACCACACACCGUCAGCAGCCACUCUCACCAAAAACAACUCUGUGACCCAACCCCAGCCACGCGCAGCCAUGAGAGAGUCCCGGGUUCCCCAAGCCUCCUUUGAGAACCCCAAGGGCCCCGAGGGCCUCCAAGGCCCCGAACAGACUCACAGCCAUCCGGGACUUCGCCGCACCGUCCGUGCCGUCCGUUCUUCCUACAGUCUCUUCCCGCGAACCCAGCACCAGGCGCCGAUUUACCCUCCGCCUCCUCCUCCUUCCUGUAUGUCUACCCUGCCAAAGACGCCAAGCCUGGUGAACCUCCGCAGAGGACAUCGGCCGCCACCCAUCAACCUUCACUCCAUGCCUACACCCACAACAGCUUUCCAAUCACCCACAGUAGCCCUACACUCUCCCGCAACCGCAUCACUCUUCUCCCCCCUCUCGUCGCCGCUCUACUCCCCCAACCCUUCAGACUACACCAGGCCUCACACCUCCCACGGGAGCUACUACCCAUCUACCACGGGCCUCACCCAUCCCCGCUCCGCCCCUUUGCCACCGCGGACGCCCAUCAUGAACACGCCGUGCAGCCCCAAUACGCCCAAGUCCUUCUUCGACUUCGACUCUGACUCGGACUCGGACGACCCGGAACCUGAGCACGCCAUCUCGCGCCUCGUAAAGACGCUGCACAAACGCAACGCCAGCGAGGCGCGGCGGAGCGGCAAGGCGGCCGCCUUCGCCGACGCGCAGCUUCGCAAGGUCCGCGCCGAGACGGAGGUCGAGAGGAUUCAGGAGAACCAGUUGCUGUUUGAGCGGCACAAGAGGUCCGGAGCCGUCUUUGGGCGCAUGUUCGGGCGCGCGCAUGGCAGGCCAUAG